GUAGUCAAUCCAUCACUCAUAUCAUUGAGAGCAAUCUGAAACUUGCCAACUCAAACACACUAGCUACAUCUUAGCAACAAUGGCUGCCAAGAUAUUUUCCCUCCUUUUGCUCCUUGCUCUUUCAGUGAGCGCUACAACUGCGUUUGUUAUUCCACAAUGCUCACUGGCUCCUACCAAUGCUAUUUUUUCACAGUUACUUCCACCAGUUUCUGUUGCAGCGUACGAACACCCAGUUGUAAGGGCAUAUAGGCUGCAGCAGGCGCUCGCGGCGAGCAUCUUACAACAACCAAUUGCUCAAUUGCAACAACAAUCCUCAGCUCAUCUAAUAGUAGAGACCAUUGCAGCGCAGCUGCAGCAACAACAGUUCCUACCAGCUCUUAAUCAACUAGCUAUAGCGAACCCUGCUGCCUACUUGCAACAACAACAACUAUUUUCUCUAAAUCCAUUGGCUGCAACGAAUGCCGUUGCUUACCUACAACAACAACAGCUGCAACAGUUCCUACCAUCACUCAAUCAACUAGCACUGGCAAUCCCUGCCGCCUACUUGCAACAACAACAGCUGCUUCCUCUAAACCCAUUGGCUGCAGCGAACUCUGUUGCAUACCUUCAACAACAACAGCUGCAACAGUUCCUGCCAGCAUUCAGUCAACUAGCAUUGGCAAACCCUACUGCCUACUUCCAGCAACUACUUCCAUUCAACCAACCCGCUGUGGCAAACAUCGCUGCCUACCUGCAACAACAACAGCCGCAUCUAUUUAACCAGUUCACUGUUACAAAUGCUGCAGCCUACUACCAGCAACAGCAGCACCUGCCAGUUAACCCAGUGGCUAACCCAUUGGCUGCCGCCUUCCUACAGCAGCAACAAUGGCUGCCAUUCAACCAGAUGUCUUUGGUGAACCCUGCCUUCUCAUGGCAGCAACCCAUCAUUGGAGGUGCCAUCUUCUAGAUUACAAAUGAGUUGUACUUGAUAACAAAGUUCUCAUUUGGGCAUGUGCAACUUCCUAAUAAUAAUCAAUAUUUCGAUUGAGUUUUUCCUA